GGAAGGUGGUAGUGGGGGGCAUUUUCUCUCCAGGGUACAAGGUCACCGCGUCCCUACCCUACUCGGAUUCCCUGAGCCUCACAGGAGACUCUCUAGGAUUGGAAGUUGUUGUGGCAACGAGGCUCUCAGAAUACUGAGGAAAGCCAAAGCCUAGAGAGCCGACACCCUCCUGUAUCCCCCUUCCGACCCACGGGUAAAGUGGCGCCCCCUACGCACAAAAACCGUCCUUGGGCCCCCGCUCCGGCGAGGAGACCACCCUGGACCUCCGGGGGCGGGAGGCCGCUCUGGCCCCAAUCAGAGCCUCUCGCUGGUAGACGGGCUCGAGGGAGCCCCUCUGGGCGCAGCGCCGCCGAGCUGCUCGAUGCUCCGACCGGAAGUGCUCUUCACCGCCGACCUCCCACCCGGCUCUCUGGUCCCGGCGGUAAGAUGGCGGCUGCCGCGGAGUGCGAUGUGGUAAUGGCGGCGACCGAGCCAGAGCUGCUAGACGGCGAGGAAGCGAAGAGGGAAGCAGAGUCUUUCAAGGAACAAGGAAAUGCAUACUAUGCCAAGAAAGAUUACAAUGAAGCUUAUAACUAUUAUACAAAAGCCAUAGAUAUGUGUCCUAAAAAUGCUAGCUAUUACGGGAAUCGAGCAGCCACCUUGAUGAUGCUUGGAAAGUUCCGGGAAGCUCUUGGAGAUGCACAGCAGUCAGUGAGGUUGGAUGACAGUUUUGUUCGGGGACAUCUACGAGAGGGCAAAUGCCACCUAUCUCUAGGGAAUGCCAUGGCGGCAUGUCGUAGUUUCCAGAGAGCCCUAGAACUGGAUCACAGAAAUGCUCAGGCACAACAGGAGUUCAAGAAUGCUAAUGCAGUCCUAGAAUAUGAGAAAAUAGCAGAAACGGAUUUUGAGAAGCGGGAUUUUCGGAAGGUUGUUUUUUGCAUGGACCGUGCCCUAGAAUAUGCCCCUGCCUGCCAUCGCUUCAAAAUCCUCAAAGCAGAAUGUUUAGCAAUGCUGGGUCGUUAUCCAGAAGCACAGUCUGUGGCCAGUGACAUUUUACGAAUGGACUCCACCAAUGCCGAUGCUCUAUAUGUACGAGGUCUUUGCCUUUAUUAUGAAGAUUGUAUUGAGAAGGCGGUUCAGUUUUUUGUCCAAGCUCUCCGGAUGGCUCCUGACCAUGAGAAGGCCUGCGUUGCUUGCAGAAAUGCCAAAGCACUUAAAGCAAAGAAAGAAGAUGGGAAUAAAGCAUUUAAAGAAGGAAAUUACAAGCUAGCAUAUGAACUGUACACAGAAGCCCUGGGGAUAGACCCCAAUAAUAUAAAAACAAAUGCUAAACUCUACUGUAAUCGGGGUACGGUUAAUUCCAAGCUUAGGAAACUAGAUGAUGCAAUAGAAGACUGCACAAAUGCAGUGAAGCUUGAUGACACUUAUAUAAAAGCCUACUUGAGAAGAGCUCAGUGUUACAUGGACACAGAACAGUAUGAAGAAGCAGUACGGGACUAUGAAAAAGUGUAUCAGACGGAGAAAACGAAAGAACACAAGCAGCUCCUAAAAAAUGCACAGCUGGAACUGAAGAAGAGUAAGAGGAAAGAUUACUACAAGAUUCUUGGAGUAGACAAGAAUGCCUCUGAGGACGAGAUCAAGAAAGCUUAUCGGAAACGGGCCUUGAUGCACCAUCCAGAUCGGCACAGUGGAGCCAGUGCUGAAGUUCAGAAGGAGGAGGAGAAAAAGUUCAAGGAAGUCGGAGAAGCUUUUACUAUUCUCUCCGACCCCAAGAAAAAGACUCGAUAUGACAGUGGACAAGACCUGGAUGAAGAGGGCAUGAAUAUGGGUGAUUUUGAUGCAAACAAUAUCUUCAAGGCAUUCUUUGGCGGUCCUGGGGGCUUCAGCUUUGAAGCAUCUGGUCCAGGGAACUUCUUUUUUCAAUUUGGCUAAUGAAAGGAAACCAUCCAGAACCCAGAAAAUGCAGACUUGCUCAGUUUAACCUCGAAUGUGGGUGGACACAGUUCGCCUCCUCCCUUCAUUAUGAUCCACGUACUUAGAGCAGUUUCGUUUUCUCAGUUGGAUACCCGGUGUCUGUGUGAGUGGGGUGAAGGAAAGGGAGCCAGUGCCGAAGACUGCGGGUAGGGGAGGGAGGUGGGGGGUGGACAGGGCAGCUUGUGAAUUUUUGUUUUACUGUUUAACUUUAUUAAAAAAAAAAAUUAAGAGAAUAAAAUGUUUUGACCCUUUCUGGCACUUUGCUCUGG